AUGGAACGUCAACCGAAGUCUCUUACGGAUGCUUUACAGCUCAUCCAAACAGCCGAUAUCAUCUCGAAGACCGUUCAGACAAUCAUAGCUGAAUGGUCAAAAGAAGCAGAGGUAUUCAAGAACCCAGCGGAAUCUGCUGAUAACUCGACAGGAGUAUCAAUCCUGCCAAGCCACGAGUUAUUCAACGCUCAACGGACUAUUGCAGCUGCCAUCGGGAAACUCACGGAGCUGGUGUCGGAGCCAAGUGUAAGGCUCCUGGAAGUCGCCACCCAGUUCCAAGAAUCACGGGCCCUGUACAUCACCGUGGAGCGGCGGAUUCCAGAUAUUCUCGCUCCUCAUGACAAGGAUGGCGGACUGUCGAUCACGGAGCUCAGCCAACAGGCCAGUAUUGAGCAUCGGAAGUUGUCCCGCAUUAUGAGAUGCCUAUGCUCCAUAGGGAUCUAUUCCCAGACCGGCGCGAAGACCUUCGCAAACAACGCCGUCUCCGCUGCUUUGGUCUCCAAUGAGCCUCUCCGAGCAUAUGUUCGACUUGCCAAUACUGAAAGCUAUACUGCAUCGGACUUCUUACCUAGGACUCUCUUGGACCCCGAGAAAGGACCGUCUUAUGAUGUGGCGAAGACUGCAUGGCAGGAUGCUGUCACCACGAGCAAGCCACGGUGGGAAUGGAUCGAGGAACGAGUGGAGCAAAAUAAACUCAUAGAGAGUGGCGGCCAUUACCCUGGGGUUCCGAGUCUUGUGUUGGAGCCUCAGCCCAAAGGGGACGAUGGCUUAGUUGCGAGGCCGGAGCUGGAGAUCAUGGGCCUGGCCAUGGUCGGUGGCGGACGGGUGUUUGGAUCUGCUCAUGUCUAUGACUUCCCUUGGGCGUCCCUAGGCAAAGCGUUGAUCGUCGACGUGGGAGGCGGUGUUGGCGGCUUUCCGCUUCAACUGAGCAAAGUCUACACCGAUCUCCAAUUCGUCGUCCAAGAUCGUGGCCCGGUUAUAAAACAGGGCUUGGAGAGUGUGUGGCCAAGAGAGAACCCCGAGGCUCUAAAGACUGGGCGGGUGCAGUUCGUGGAGCACAGCUUCUUCGAUAAAAAUCCAAUCGAAGGGGCCGAAGUGUACUACCUUCGAUAUGUGCUUCAUGACUGGUCCGACGAGUAUUGCAUCAACAUCCUAUCGCGCAUUCGCGAGAGCAUGGCACCACAUUCUCGCCUGUUGAUAUGCGAGCAAGUGAUGAACACCACUAGAGGCGAUACGCAGUUGACCUCUGCUCCGAAGCCUCUCCCAGCAAACUACGGCUUUCACACGCGUUUUAGCCACAACCGGGACCUAACCAUGAUGGCGUGCAUCAAUGGGAUCGAGAGGACCCCGGAAGAGUUCAAGACGAUCCUCCAAGAGGCGGGUUUGACCUUGAAGAAGAUAUGGGAAUGCAGGAGUCAAGUCUCCCUUCUUGAGGCGGUGUUGUCGAAUGUCGAGGUCAAGAAUAGCAGUUGCAUUCAGUCCCUUUAA